ACACACACACACACACAGAAUGUUUAUCGGGGAGACAGCCAAAGAAGGUCAAGAAGAAACAGAGACAAAGAAGGAGAAAGUAUUUAUUCAUGGGACAUCAUGAGGGUGUGUGUGUUCAGGUUGCACACCCAUCAGUGGUGUUUCCUACUCUGUAAUGUUGUGCUUUUCCAUGCACUGUUGUUUGGUGGUGACAUUGUGGAAGAGUUCCUGCUCCAGUCUUCUCCAGUUGCUUAUACCGACCGUGCCGUACUUGAGCUCCGUGAGCAUGCACGCAAACUGGAUCUGAGCGACACCAUACCCAACUCCUCGCAGAUUUACCCUAUUAACUCCAAGCCCUGUCUUUAUUACCCAGACCUCCUUUUCCUUACUAUUGUUUUUAGCAGCCCAAAUAAUACCAGUCACAGAGACGCAAUCAGAAGUUCAUGGGCCAACCAGACAAUGGUGCAAGAUGUGGCAGUACGAACAGUGUUCUUUCUAAACCCAUCCACUUUGGAGACAGAGCAUCAGGUGGUUUGGGACGAGUCUGCUCGACAUGGUGACAUAGUACAAUGUGAAGGGCCGUUGUCACAAGAUCACUGGGGUCAGGUCAAACUAGCUCUGCGUUGGGUUUUGCUUUUCUGUCCUCGUGCCCGAUUUGUGGUUUUGACAGAGGAUACAGUUUUUUUAAAUGUUCCAGCACUUGGCACCUACUUGCUUACACUCCGUACCCACCCUGAAGAUCUAUACCUGGGCAGGGUCAUUCAUCAUGCCUCACCUGAACGAAAUUAUAUCAAGCCUCACUAUGUUUCCCUCCACCUCUAUCCAGACCGGUCUUUCCCUGAUUACUGCUCUGGUCCUGCCUUCCUGAUGUCGCAAGAUGUAGUUCGUAAAGUUUAUGUUGCCUCUAAGGAUGUAGCCUUAGCCCUGCCAGCAGAUGUCUUGAUUGGUUUGUGCGCAAGAGCAGCGGGUGUUGUGGCUACUCAUAGCGCACGCUUUUCUGGAGAAUGGCAUGUGCACUACAACCCCUGCUGCUACAAUUUCCUGUUCAGCUCAGCCUUAGUGGAUGCAGAACUGAUGGCCAUGGCCUGGAGAGAUCUGGGCAAAGGAAGAGGAAGGCACUGCAGCAUGUUACAAACAUAUUAUAGCUUGGUAGUAUGCAAAACUGUGACUUAUCUAAACAGUGUCACCUUUUUCAGUGGAAACAACACUAAAGUCUAA